AUGCCAGUUGAAAACAAAGAUUACUUUAUUUAUAAUAAUAAUGGAACAUUUUAUCUCUCUUCAUUAAAUAACUGUAAAGUACCAACUGCUUCUGAUGGAGCUUCUUGGAACGCAAAAAGAUCAAUUUUUUCUGGUAAUUUGACACCACUUGAUAAUUCAGGAGCGUCUGGGAAAGUUUAUUUACCCGCUGAAAAGACUAUUUAUAGAGGAUUUAUGUAUAAUGCAUAUUCCGCAUCGAAUGACGUUAAUAACAAAGUGUUUGGAUAUAACGACGACCGUAUAGAUAAUUGGGAAGGUGUAAAAGGGAUGUGGGCAAAGGGCUUUUUCAUGUUUCAGUGGGCGGACAAUUCACUUCCGAUUGCUUCAAUUGACAAAACAAAACGAGUAAUAAAUUUAGAGUGGCCAGCAAGUUAUGGAAUUGGAAAUCAGACGUACUUUUUUGUAUAUAAUUUGAUUGAAGAACUGGAUGAAGAAGGGGAAUACUAUAUCGACAGAGAUGAGCGAAAGGUUUAUGCCAUUUUCCAUAAAACACCAAAAGAGAUUUGGAUCACGCAUUCAACAAGUGUGGUGUUAAAUAUCGACCACGUUAACAAUAUAAAAAUAGAAAAUUUGGACUUUAAAUAUAACCCAGAUAACUUUAUAACUAUUAUUGGCGACCAAAUAACAAUCAAAGAGUGUUCGUUCUACCAUACAGGGAAAGCUGGAGCUCUAAUUACUGGUAAUAUGUCUAAUUUUGUUCAGAACAAAGUUGUUGAUGUUGGAACCAAAGGUGUUGUAAUGACAUGUGGAGACCGAGUCAAUUUACUGAAUGGAAGUUGUUCAGUGAGUCAAAACUACUUUUCUGAAUUUUCACAAAAUCAUUACACGUACACUCCAGCAAUUAUUUUAGAGGGAGUUGGUAAUAUUGCCACACACAAUUUUAUCGAGAACAGUCCAUGUCAAGCAAUAACAUUCAGUGGCAAUGAGCAUGAGAUAAGUUAUAAUAAAAUCCAAAACGUUUGUUUCUUUAUGAAUGAUGCUGGUGCAAUAUACUCAGGAAGGCGAUGGGAUUGGCGUGGGAAUGUUAUUAAAUACAAUUACAUAUCAAAUGUUAUUGGAUGGGAUAACAGUUCGUGUGUCCAAGGUAUUUACCUCGACGAUAUGUUAUCUGGAGAAACUGUAUUUGGUAACGUCAUGAAAACAAUACGAGGUAUUGGUGUCCAACAUGGAGGAGGAAGAGAUAAUAACAUAACUAAUAACAUUAUGUACGACUGCGAUUUUGCUUAUAGUGGAGACUCUCGUGGGUCGACUUGGAUGUACUCUACUUUACCAUAUGCAGAAGGAAAUUUGCUUGAAAGAUGUAAUUUGGAGGGUGUUAAUAGACUUGAAGAGCCUUGGAAAAGUAAGUACCCUGAGCUGUAUGAAAUACCAAAUAGUAACGACCAAAUUGUGAACGAAAAACACUGGCUUUACCCUGAAAAUUGUGUUGUUGAUUGCAAUGUUCCUUAUCAAUCAAAAAAGUGGGAUUAUUAUGUGGAUGCUUCAGUUACAUCAAAUUACAAAGUUUAUAACAAAAAUAAAUACAAUUCAAGUGUCGAUCCGUUGUUUGUUGAUGCCGACAACGGAGAUUUGAGAUUGAAAGAUGACUCACCUGUUCUGAAUAUGGAGUGUUGGAAGCAAAUUCCAUUUGAAGAAAUUGGAAUACAAAUAAUACCAAAAAGUGCAACAAAAAUUAUCCAAAUUAUUGAAAUCUUUUUAUUGGCACUUUUGGUAAUUUAA